CAUUACACUCUUUGUGGAAAAUAAAAGGAAACCAAAGAUCGCAGAAGUUGAAGGCAACAAAUACCGGUCUCCUUCUCAGGUGGAAUUUCGAUUAACUCUCUAUCUUUCUCUCUCUAAACCUCCAAAAAUAACAAGAACAACAACGACAAUAGCUAUAGCAACGUAAAGGUGGGGGAAGAGAGAUUGGCUGAUUCGAAAGAAAUAACCGAAGGAAAAUCAGAGAGAACUCAAGAGAAAGAGAGGUGAAGAUUUAAUAGCAGAGAUGUCGUGUUCUCCAUCAUCGGGUGAAGAAGAAGAUGAGGGGACCAACGCUUACAGGAAAGGUGGAUAUCAUCAUGUGAGAAUCGGAGAUCCGUUCGCUGGAGGUCGGUAUAUCGCUCAGAGAAAACUGGGUUGGGGUAAUUUCUCUACUGUUUGGCUCGCUUACGACACUCAAUCCUCUGGAUAUGUAGCUCUUAAGAUCCAGAAAAGUGCCACUGAAUUUUCUCAAGCCGCCCUCCAUGAGGUGGAAGUCCUCUCUGCAAUAGCCGAUGGUGACCCCUCCAAUUCAAAAGGCGUUGUUCGAUUAAUUGACCACUUCAAGCAUGCAGGUCCAAAUGGGCAGCACCCUUGUAUGGUUUUUGAGUUUCUUGGUGACAGUUUGCUCCGGUUGAUCAGAUAUAACGGUUAUAGUUGCCUUGAAUUAAACAAGGUUAGGGAGAUGUGCAGAUGGAUUUUGCUAGGUCUUGAUUACUUGCAUAGGGAACUCAAUAUAAUCCAUACAGACCUAAAGCCUGAAAAUGUUCUUCUCGUCUCCACCAUUGAUCCUGCCAAAGAUCCUAUUCGAUCUGGGUUAACACCAAUCCUUGAGAGGCCUGAGGGUAAUCCUAAUGGAGGGAUUGUGGUGAAUAUUGAUGAGAGACAGCUGAAGAGGAAGGCAAAGAGAGCAGUGGCAAAGAUCACAGAAAGGAGAGCUUCAAUGGGUGGUUCUCCAAAGCGUGCGAAGGUCAUGGAGGGCAUUAAUUUUAAGUGCAAGAUUGUAGAUUUUGGAAAUGCAUGUUGGGUAGAUAAACGAUUCACAGAAGAUAUUCAAACAAGGCAAUAUAGGGCUCCUGAGGUCAUUAUUGGGGCUGGAUAUUCCUUCCCUGUUGAUAUAUGGUCUUUCGCUUGCAUGGCCUUUGAGCUUGCGACUGGAGAUAUGCUGUUUGCUCCUAAGAGUGGCCAAGGGUAUAGUGAGGAUGAGGAUCACCUGGCUCUGAUGAUGGAACUUCUCGGAAAGAUGCCCCGGAAGAUAGCUAUUUCUGGAUCUCGAUCAAAAGACUACUUCGACAGACAUGGAGAUCUAAAGAGGAUCCGGAGACUGAAAUUCUGGCCACUAGAUCGACUUCUGAUUGAGAAAUACAAGUUCUCCGGUUCUGAUGCCCAGGAAUUUGCGGAGUUUCUGUGUCCCCUUCUCAAUUUUGCACCAGAUAAUCGGCCAACUGCCGAGCAAUGCCUACAACACCCGUGGCUCAAUAUCAGAAAGUCAACAGAUUGUGAUGAAGACCAAGAAUCUAGUGUAAAAAAGUUGGAAGCUGGGGUGAACAAGGUUAAGAUUUAAUGGGGAAUGGAUUGGAGGCUUUGGCAUGUGCUUCCUUUCAAAAUUCCAUAUGGGUAUUGUUUGUGAUUUAAUUUUGUCUGUAAAUUUUCAAUAAGAUUCAAUUUUUUUGUUGAUUUAAAGGUGUAAGUAGUGAAUAUUGUGAGGAGGAAGAUGGAUUUAAUGAAGCACAGGAAUCUGACCCACUAAUGGACAUUUGUGGACAUGUUAUCACCAGCCUUCGCGUAUGGAUGGUGUUUAGCUUUCAGAGGAGGUGAGAGUUUUGGUUCUCAGUUGAUAUACAGAGUUUCUGGUGGUGCAAUUGGGAAUGCUGGGAGUUGGAUAUCUUGUCAUCUAGAUUGAUUGUCAUGACAUACUAAUAUAGACGUUUUAACAAGAAUGUUGAAGAUUGAAUUCUACUGAAAGCAGGGAAAUUCCAACGGGUGGGAACUUUUUAACUCUCAAAUAUCCAAACGGACCCUCAUAGAAUAAAGAAGGGCUAUAUUAGAUCAUUAUAUUCUGGGUUUACUUGUAUGAGCCUCUGAGGUGCUCUGUAUGAAUUAAGUAUAUUGGUGAUUUAGUGGCUGUGUAUUCUCUUUUUGUGUUA